AUGUUGGCCUAUCUUUUUGUCGCGCUGAUGUUUGUGGCACAAUUUUCGAAAUUUGCCCAAUCUUCACAAGAUUUUCAAAUUGACGGAACUUGGCCAAACGAGGGAAUUCAAGAUUUUUCAGAGGAUCACGAAUUGAUUCGAGCUUUGCGUGAGUUUUUUAUUUUUUAAAUCCGAGUAUUUUUUAUGUGCAAUUUUUUCAUGAAAAAUAUUGAUUUUUGGAGCCAAACUUUGAGCUACGGUAACUCUAAAAAAAUUCAAAGUUCAAGAUUGAUGUAUCUUAUUUAAAAACUAGAUUUUUUUAAACUAGAAAAAACUACAGUAACCCAAAUUUUUUAGGUUAAAAAUUUCUAAUUUUCAAAUAAAGAUUACAGCAUUUCUGUAAUUUGUCUCCAAUUUUUCAAAAAUCCCCUUAUUUUCAAAAAAAAAAUUUAAUUUUCAAUUUCAGGCUCUUCUUUGGACAAACCAGCCAAAGGUCGAUAUUUUCCAUAUUACAAAGGAUUGGGCCGAAAGUGA